AGACACAAAGUGAAAGGCCUCCAGAGUGGAGCGCUGAAUGUCCGGUUUCUGAAGAAGGCUCAGUCGGCACUUCAACAUGGCUGUGCGCUGAAUGGUUUCUCCAGUACUUGUCAAAAUUUAAUUCAAGGAUUCCAACGAGUCAAAAUUCUUUUCAAUUCCCUCGAAGAUGGAGAACAAACGGAUCUUUUGCACUUUGGUGGUCCUCUCUUGUCUAGGAAUAAGUGUCAAUGGUGCACUACGAAGAUGUGUCGAUUGCCGAUCGAGGGGUGAGGGAGGAUCCUGCAAGGAUCCUUUCACGAUGAAUGCGACGAUGAUUGAGAGUGAGCCUGGUGUUGACGUUGUACCAUGUGCAUCAGGAUGGUGCGGAAAAGUUAUAGAAUCGCCUAAUUUGAAUAAUGAAUACGGUACAGCAACGCAAAGAAUGUGCCUCCAGCGCGGACCUGACGAUGGUGAAGAGAGAUGUGCCUACACAAUAAAGAACUACAAAAAAGUCUGGAUGUGCUUCUGCAACGGUGACAUGUGCAACAACGCCAAUUCCAUCAAGAUAUCCGGAUUAUUUGUAUUCAUAGCGAGCCUUAUAGUGAUGCGGUGAAGGGCAAAAGACUGUAUAUUUUUAUGUAAAUAAUAGAAGGAUAUGACUAAUGCAAGUACAAAAA